GCCUGCUCGAGGCGGCCCGGCGAGAGGCCCCCGCCGACCUCGAGGAGCAGGGUCCCGCUCGGCGCGGCGGCGGGGAGCACCGGCACGCCAAGGCCGCGAGGAUUGCCAUCACGUCGGCGCUGCUGCCCGUUGCUCGGGACAUCCUGUCGGCCUCGGCGAUGCCGGUCGCGAAGCUGGUCGAGGAGGCGCCGGCCUGGAUGGCAGUGGAGCUCCUCACGCCGCCGAAUCCCUCGCUGCUCGAGCAGGACGGCCCUGCGUUGGAGGCGGUGCUGUGGAAGCUCUGCCACGAGGGGGCCUGGGGCAGCGACUUCGGCACGGCGCUGCGCUGGCUGAGGGCGCUGCAGACGCACAGCGCGGUGUCCGCGGCGGCGGGGGCGACUUUUGCCCGCCUCGGCGCCGCCUUCGCGGAGGCGGCCCUUCGCGAGCUGGGCCACUCUCGGAGCAGUUGCCGACCACUCGGCCUGGCUGGCUUCCAGGGGGCGCCCCCCGAGGGCCCCCCGCGGGCGAGCCGCGGGGGCCCGGCGCCCCCGGCGCCCCCGGGGCCGCCGGGGCUGCCGGGGCUGCACCGCCGCGCGGCGGAGUUCCAGCGCGCGCUGGAGGCCCUCGCGGCCGAGCACGCCGCGCAGCUGGCGGACCUGGAGGUGCUGCUGUCGCAGGACGACGGCGCCUCCCCGCACCGGCGGACGCUCAGCGGGAGCGAGGGCCGCGUGACAUUCGACGAGUCCCGGCCGCCGCCGUCGACGCCCGCGGACACCGACGUGGGGAAGGCGAGCUUGAAGGCGAGCCCGUCCCAGCAGAGCCUGAAGGGGAGCCCGACCGAGUUCCUCGAGCGCCGGAGUUCUACGGGCAACCUCGGGCUGGGCCGCUCUUCGGUGAUCACCGAGCCCGGUGCGCUGGUCGAACUUCACGAGCGCUGGGGGAGGUGGGAGCUGGGAGACACCUCGAAGAGCAUGCCCGGCGGCAGCGACCAGUACGUGUCGGAGUGCGGGGCCAGGCCCACGGUCUGCCGGAGCAGGUUCUCCGUCGAGCGCAGCCAGACCCUGUUCAUGGGCAGGGUCUUCCAGGACGGGCACCCGGUCCUCAAGCUCAUCGUGAUGAAGCCUGGUUCGGCGCAGCACCUGGCGCACGCGCUCGCCUGCCUCGGCGUCAUCAUGUACGACAUCAUGUCGCUCCCGCUGGUCCUGGCCUUCCAGCUCGAGGACUUGGCGGCGGUGGAAAUUAUGGACACCCUCGCGACCGUCUUCUGGACGUGGGACUUCGCCAACAACUUCCGCACGGGCUACGCCGAGGCGGACCACAACGAGUUGAGGCUGCGCAAGAUCGCAUCCAGAUAUCUGAGAACUUGGUUCGUGUACGAUGCGUUCCUGGUCUCCUUCGACUGGUUCACCUACACGAUGCGCGACCGGCGCGGCCUGGGCGCGGCUCGCAUCGUGAGGUCUCCGCGCAUCGUGCGGGUGCUGUUCCGCGCUCUUCGGCUUCUGCGGGUGGUUAAGCUGACGAUACUGCUGGAGGACGUCCUGAGCUACAUCACUUCCGAGUGGCUCAGCUGCACAGUCAGUGUCGUCAAAUUGCUGGUGGGCCUGGUUGUGUUCAACCACUUUGUGGCCUGCUUCUGGUAUCUGAUUGGAGACGCGACCACAUCGUCCAUCCACGGUUCUUGGACAAGUCACCUAGACACGGCGGAUGCCCCGUUCAGCACAGCACACCGUUACCUACUCAGUUUCCACUGGUCAAUGUGUCAGUACACCCCAGCGCCCAACGACUAUCAUCCGAAAAACGCGUGGGAGCGUUUCUACGCGUGUGUCAUGCUGCUAUUCGGCAUUGCAGUAUUCUCUGCCUUCCUUGGCAAGAUAACGAGCUUGCUGACCCACAUGAGCGCCGCAGCUUACGACAGAUCGAAGAACGAGAGGUUCAUGAGGCGUUUCUUGGUUGGAAACAUGAUCACCCUCGAGGUUGCGAGCCGCAUCACCACCUUCCUCAGCAAGCGGCAGACGAAGAACCAGGCGGUGUCGUAUCCCGCCAGGGUGACAAAUUUUGUUGAGCUUCCCGCCUCCCUAGCCACCGAGCUCAAGAAAGAGGCGUAUUGCCGAUGCCUUCAACGACACGCGCUGGUCGACUGCCUACUCACAUCGUACGAGCGUGCACACAACAGCUUCGUGUUCAGGAUCUGCAUACUGGGCCUCAGGGAGUUGGCGAUGAAGUGGGGUGACGAGUUGCUCACCCAAAGCGGCCUGGCCACUUCCACGGUGUUCGUGAAGGAUGGCAGGCUCGAGUACGCAUCGAAGAUGGACUCCAUCGAUUGGCCCACCUCCGCAAUAACCAUCGUGGGCCCCAACUGUCCCAAGAAGUGGGCCUGCGAGAUGGCCUUGUGGUGUGCGUGGCAUUGCCGUGGCCACUUGUGCGCAAGGAUACCUUGCAUAUCGCUGGUGGUGGACGCUGACGAUUUCCACAAGAUCGCCAGGCGCAACGCGUCCGUGUUCGGCCACCUCCAGGCCUACGCCGAGGCCUACGCGCGGCGCUUACUCGUGGACCUCGAGGACCCGAGCGCGUCGCUCGCCGUCGACGACCUGUGGGGCCAAGAGGACGACGCCAGGCGGCUGGUGGACGAGGUGUUCGACUUCACCGACGGUGGCGAAGCGCCCGACGACUGCGACGGGCGCAGGGUCUCCGUCGGCAGCGAGGGGAGCCUCGCGAGCGCGGCCGCCGCGGGGUACCGGCGCGUCUGCAGGUUCCUCGGCCGGGAGCCGGGCGUGGAGGUCCAACAGUCCCAGACCCACAACCUGGGGACCCCGAGAGGUGAGUCCACGUCUGGCUUCCUCUUCUUCUCGAUCCGCUCCUGGAUGUCGGCCUGCAUCUUCUUGGCUUUCUCGACCCACGAAGCACCGGGGGAGGCGGAGGAGCCGGAGGCGCGGGGGAAGCAGGGAAGGGCGGAGGAGUCUGGAGCGGACAGCCGGGCCGCGGUGGCAGCGCACAGGGCGGGGCACCCGCUGAAGCGCCACGGGCACGACAGCGGCUCCCUGCUGCGCGAGGCGCGGGACGUGCUGGGCGCGGACGCGGCGCGGCCGCUGCUGGAGGCCUGCGGGGAUGCUGCGCAGCAGGGCGCCGCCCGCGGGAGCUCCAGGCCGCCGAGAGGCCCGGGCGCGGCGGUCGGGCCCGCGCCGGCGGCGGGGGCGCCGUGCGUGCGGCUGCCCGAGAGCGCGGAGGUCACCUGGGUGGCGGACGCGGAGUCUUGGGACGCCGCGGAGCGCAGAAGCGGGGAUGCCUUCCGGCAGCGUCCGCCGGCGCUGGACACCGAGUGGUGGGACACCGGCCGCGGCCCCGCCGUGGUGCAGGUCGCGGUGGGCGAAGGCCUGGCUUCGGCGGCCUGCUUCCUGCUGGACACGCUGGCGGCGCCAGAG